AUGGAGCUGAAGUCUCACCAGAAUCUGACCAGAAAUAAGAGUGAGGUGGAGGAGGACAUUCCAGGAGAUGUCACCACAGAAAAUCCCUCUGAGGGGAACGUCCUGUUAUCACUGAAUUAUAAUGCAGAAGAUGAAGAUACCAAGGAGUGCUCUUCAGGAGAAAACGUCAUUACCCUUAAUGUACAUCCAGGACAUCACAAUACAGAUCUAUCAUAUAAUCCUCCUAAUCAUGAGGAACCUUCUCCUGACCAAUCACAGAUUGUUACCACAAGUGCAGGUCAGAAAAGAAUUCACACAGGGGAGAAAUCAUUUCCAUGUUUACUAUGUGAGAAGUCUUUUCCGCGUAAAUCAAACCUUGUUAUACAUGAGAGAAUUCACACAGGAGAGAAACCAUAUUCUUGUUCAGAAUGUGGAAAGUGUUUCACACAGAUAUCCGGUCUUAUUAUACAUAAGAGACUUCACACAGGAGAGAAGCCAUAUUUAUGUUCAGAAUGUGGAAAGGGCUUUACACAUCAGUCAGACCUUGUUAAACAUCAGAGAACUCACACUAGAGAGAAGCCAUAUUCAUGUCCAGAAUGUGGGCAGUGUUUUAGACAUCAAUCAAAUCUUGCUAUACAUAAAAGACGUCACACAGGAGAGAAGCCGCAUUUAUGUUCAGAAUGUGGGAAAUGCUUUACAGUUAAAUCAGAACUUGUUGCACAUCAGAGAAUUCACACAGGAGAGAAGCGAUAUUCAUGUUCAGAAUGUGGGAAAUGUUUCAUCACUAAAUCACAUCUUGGGGAUCAUCAGAGAAGUCACACAGGAGAGAAACCAUUUUCAUGUUCACAGUGUGGAAAAGGCUUUAAUAAUAAAUCAAGUCUUCGUAAACAUGAGAUAAUUCACACUGGAGAAAAGCCAUAUUCAUGUUCAGAAUGUAGGGAAUGUUUUACACAGAAAUCAUCUCUAAAUAAACAUCAAAGAAUUCACACAGGAGAGAAGCUAUAUUCAUGUUCAGAAUGUGGGAAAUGUUUUACACAGAAAUCAUCUCUUAAUAAACAUCAGAGAAUUCAUACAGGAGAGAAGAGGUAUUCAUGUUCAGAAUGUGGAAAGUGCUUUGCUCAGAAUUACAAUCUUGUUACACAUCAAAGAAUUCACACAGGGGAGAAGCCAUUUUCAUGUUCAGAAUGUGGGAAAUGUUUUACAAAUAGAUCAAAUUUCAUUAAACAUCAGAGAAUUCACUGGAAAAGCAAUUUUCAUGUUUAGAAUGUGGGAAAUGUUUUAUUACCAGACUUUGGGUUCAUUGGACAAGUCGCACAUAGGAAAAGACGUUUUCAUGUUCACUAUAUGGGAAAAGCUUUAUUAAUAAAUCAAAUCUUACACAUGGAAUUCAUGAAGCAGAGAAGCAGUAUUCAUGUUCAGAAUGUGGUUAAUGUACUGCUAAAGACAUUUUGAUGUUCUAUAUGUGGUCUUCAUUAAAUUUAAAAAAUGAUCCGAUAAUUCACAGAGAAGAACUCAUUUUUCUUUUUUGGAAUCGGGGGAAUGCUAACAGUAAAAAAAUAUGUCCCUAUUUUUUGGGUGUACGUAUCCUGGAUCUGCCAGAUGCACAGUGCCUUGCAAAAGUAUUCACCCCCCUUGACUUUUUUCGUAUUUU